AUGGGCCCACCGACCAAUCACACAGAUUCCAGGGCAAUCUUUUUGUUGAAGUGGUUAAUGGAGAGCUUCAACAACUCCAACAACAAGAAGCAGAGAAUCAGUUCCCUAGGGAUGCCUCCAUUAUCUUCAACAAGCCAGAGAAUGGAAGGACAAAGCUCACAAAACCCUAAUAUCAACCCUAAGAAGCGUAAGAGGACAUUGGCAAGCAGGCAGUACAGUGAAAUAUUUCAUCCCGAAGAGAUUUCUCAAAUAAUGCAAAUGGAACGGAUAGUGAAAUCUCUUGAAGCCAACAUAGGAAAGGACUUUGUGACGAUGUACUAUUGGGAACGGCAGUACUAUUUAUUCCAAGUUGAAAAUGACAAAUUAAAGCGAAAAAUCACUGAAUAUGUGCAAUUGAAGAAAGAGAAGGACGAGCUAACAGAGGUGUAUGUGGAACAACAGCGAAAGUAUGAAGAGCUCAUGAACCAAUUGGGACUUCCAACCUACAAUUAUAUGUAG